AUGAGCGAGAUAUCCGACAAUGUCUCGAAAGCGGCAAACACCAUGUCGGAAGUGCCGACGAUCACUAGUAUCUCCGGUCCGUUGAGCCCAGACGAGCCAGGUCUUUCAAUAUCUGAAUUCUCUGAUUUCCAGAGCGCAAUCGAAGAUGUUUCUGCACGAGGACCGUCUGUCAAGUCAACAGUUUCGAACAUAGAGAAAAAGAAUCCUCCUCCAGUUCAAAAUAAAAAUGAUAACCAGUCAGAAGAAGCAAGUUCUGUUCGAGCUCGUUCUAUAGAGAUUGUCGACCCUCAAGCAAUUAUGUCUGAGGGGGCACAAAGAGAACACCUUAACAGAUCUAUCGAGAUUCAAAGCGCCCUUCCAGUUCGAACUCUUGGAAGACAAUCCGCGCCAGAACAGAAACCUGAAAUUGACGCUGAGCAGAUUAACAACAGUCCUUUUAAUGUUAUGCUGAAUGAAGAGGACUAUGGAGACAUGUCCAAUGAAGAAGUGAUGGCUGCUCUCCGUCAAAUGGCAACAAACGCAAUGGCCCAGGCGGCAAACAAGGCAGCUACACAAGAAGUUCUUGGACGAGCAGUUUCUUCUAAUCAAGAGCAAGAAGAAGAAGAAGUUGUUCUUCCAAUCAUUGAAGUAACAAAGCCUAAGCUAAGUGUGGAACGACAAAUUCAAGUCCACGAUGACGUUAUCGUUGAAAAGGAAGAGCCUGAAGUCGUAGAAGUCGUUAUCAGUAACGUUCAGUUUGAUGAGCAAGUUUUGAAUGACGAAACGGAGAAAGUCGACCUCAGUCUUCCGGAUGUUUUUCCUGGCGCAGAACCUGCAUCUGGUGAAUUCGACAUUUCAAAGCUAACUCGAACCAUGACGAUGAACUCCCAAAAAAGACUUAUUUCUGCCGAAACCAUGCAGGCAAAAGCAGAAGAGGACUCAAAAAGUGCACUAAAGAAGAUGAAAAAAGAGAUUCAUAUCAAGCAGAGCUAUCGAAAUCCUGGUUGUUGUGUCGCUUUCUUCAGAUUCGUCGUUACCGCUUUCAACUUUCUAGCGAUGAUUUGCGGAGUUGUCCUGCUUGUUCUAGGCGUCAUGGGUCAAAUCAAAUUCCAUACUGCCAAGAUGAAAACAGAAAAUGUCAUCACGGAUCCUUCAUUUAUUCUUCUCGUGGCUGCAUUGAUUUCCAUAGUCGUUUCUUUCAAUGGUGGCUUCGGGUUCUUCCGGGGCAAUGUUAUAAUGAUGCGAUUCUUUGGAUGGAUGUUGACAGCAAUUUUUCUCUGCAUCUUCAUCGGAGGAAUAAUUGUGUGGGCUAUGGCGGAAACCAUUCAGGACAAAAUAAAGCAGUUGUACUUUCAUUUCAUCAAAAUGAGAGUGUCAAAUACGGGUUCAAGUUUUUUCGCACUUGAAACUGUCGAAAGCUACUUUCGCUGCUGUGGAGUGCUUUCACGCGCAGACUACGCCGUUCAAAGUCUCGGUUUUUGCGAUGCGAAAGAGAUCCAUCUCAAUAAGUGUGCGCCACCGAGCUCUUGCUGUCCAAGUGGGCUCGAGUGUGACAUGACAGAAGCUUAUGAAGUUGGCUGUGUGAAAAAGAUGGCUCGUUGGACUUCCGACAAUACAGCCACCUUAGCAGGACUUUGGGUACUCAUCUGGGUUGUCAUUGUCUUUGAGAUUGUAGCGGUUGCACACUCAGUAAGGCGCCUGAAUCUUCAGUCUCGUUGGCAGAAACUCUACGGCCACUUAGAAGAAGAAGAAAAGCUACGCGCUAGAAUUGCCAAAAAACAAAAACAGUUGACUCAAAUUGAGAUGGAUGUCCACGUUCAGGACAUCGGCUAG